GUUUAGGAUUAGAAAACAACAAUACACUAUAGCUUUUUUUCAUCCAUAUUGUAAUGCAGGAGGUGGUGGAGAACGGGUUUUAUGGUGUGCUAUCAACGCCAUGCAGAAAAGAUAUGGUACAAAGUAUCGAUAUAUUGUAUAUACUGGAGAUGUAAAUGUGACACAUCAAGAAAUCUUGCAAAAAGCAAAAGAAUGCUUUAAAAUUGACGUGAUUGAUACUAAUCUGCAUUUCAUUUAUCUGCGCACACGAUCCCUGCUAGAAUCUGCUAAUUAUCCUCAUUUCACUUUGCUAUUUCAAAGCUUAGCUGGAUUCAUUGUUGGAGCUGAAGCAUUACUCCGAUACAAUCCUAAUAUUUUCAUUGACACAAUGGGUUAUCCAUUAACAUUACCAUUAUUCAGGUAUCAUGCACUCAUUAGUUACAGGUGGCUAGCUGGAUGCAAUGUCGCUUGCUAUGUGCAUUAUCCUGUUAUUUCUUGCGAUAUGAUAAAUUUGGUGAAGUGUGCAGAAGCUUCAUACAGUAAUUCACGCUGGAUAGCACAAAAUCGAUUCUUAACUUAUUUAAAAUUGAUGUACUAUCGUGUAUUUGCGAUCUUAUAUUGGUUGGCAGGCAUCUGUUCUAACCUCGUUUUGGUUAAUGGCACAUGGACUCGAGACCACAUUGUAUCAUUAUGGGGUAUAGAGGAUCGUACGUAUCUCAUUUAUCCACCAUGUAAUGUUGACAAUUUACUAAGAAUUCAUCCCAAUGCAGAACAGUUGUUUCAAGAUGAAAGGCGAGUGCAACUGUUAUCAGUCGGACAAAUAAGACCAGAAAAAGAUCAUCGACUCCAAAUUCGUUUUUUGUCAGAGUUAAAAAAACGGCUGUUGAAGGAAAAUCUAAAUUACAAGAUCCGAUUAGUAAUUUGUGGAGGAUGUCGAGAUGACAAAGAUGUCCAGCGUGUUAAAGAUUUGCAACUUUAUGCUAAAAAUUUGGAACUUAGCAGUGAUGAUUUAGAAUGGGAACUCAAUGCUCCUGCCAACAAACUAGCUUCAUUAUUUGAAGCAUCUCUGAUUGGUAUCCAUACCAUGCAAAAUGAACAUUUUGGCAUAUCAGUUGUAGAGGGUAUUGCUGCAGGUCAGAUUAUGAUUGCUCAUAAUUCAGGUGGUCCUAAGCUCGAUAUACUCAAUGCGAAUGCAGUGGGAAGCGGGAUUCGACUUGGUCUAUUGGCAUCUAGUGUGCAUGUGGGAUACAUUCUCUCUACAAAUUUGCAGAAUGUUGACUCAUUUUUAGACUUUGUGGAUGGUAUAUUGGAAAUAUUGCGGAUGAGUCCGGAGGAGCGAGAUGCGAUACGUAAAGCUGGACGUCAUUCAGUGUAUCGAUUCACGGAGGCAAAUUUUGAGAAAAGAUGGAACCAUGUGAUUGGGAAGUUAAUAUCCUAA